AUGUACGUCUUGGCCUUGCUCUUCGUCUUCGCGCUCGCUUUCCUCGUCGAGUGCCUCUCGCAUUCCAGAUUGAUCAAGGAGGAUUCCAGCGCGGCGGCGGCCGGCCUGAUCCGGACUCUGUUGCACACCGUUAGGGUUGGAUUGGCCUAUUUGGUGAUGCUCGCCGUCAUGUCGUUCAAUGUAGGAGUGUUUCUCGUCGCCGUCGGCGGCCAUUGCCUCGGAUUCUUCUUGUUUGGGAGUAGAUUUUUCAAGCAAUCCACCGCCGCGUCUGCUUAUGUCAAGUUAUAACCGGAAGGGGAAUUGAUAAUUCGGAAUGCUUCGAUUCAGAUUCCGGAAUAAUUCGCCUGUAAUUUCCUUCUCA